AUGAACGGCAACGAUACAACGAAAACCUUCGAUAAUCGGCGAAUAUCAGUUACAUUGCAGUUUGGCACUUUUAGAGAAGUUCUUAUUCUCGAGCGGACUGAUGACCACCGGAUUUUUAAUUCGUUUCGCCAACGAGCAAGACAAAUCGCCGAGAAACAAUUCGAAGGCAAAUUGGAUUCAUAUGUUGAACUUCACCUCUUUCGGCAUGAUUACAAUUCACCGAAUAUUUUACAACAUCUUGGUUCACUUUCGCAAUUGGACAAUGGUGGCGUGGUGGAAAUUAUACUCAUCGAUCGACAUGAACGCCCUACACGACCUCAUAUACUUACAGUCACUUCAUAUAAAACACCAACUUUUUGUGAUUAUUGUGGCGAAAUACUUGUUGGCUUAAUUAAACAAGGAUUGCAAUGUUCAAGUUGCAGAUGUAAUUUUCAUAAGAAAUGUGCUUUCGCACCGAGAAAUAAUUGCGCCAAAUGUUCUAUGCAGAUUAUGCCGUCAGAUGAAUCGUGUUCUAAUUCCGCAGCAUUUGCACUACCUCAUACAUUAGCCAUACAUAAUUAUAAGACUUUAACAUUAUGUAAAGUGUGCGAUAAAAUGUUGAUUGGCUUGGUGAAACAAGGUUUACGCUGCCGCGAUUGUAAGCUUUUCAUUGACCUCAAAAAACAGGUUAAUGUGCAUAAACGAUGUGCGGCACUAUUGCCGAUGAAUUGUCGAGUCGCUGACGGUGGAAUUACCCCUACCUUUGACCAAAUGACGGUUAAUGAUUUUGACUCAGUCUCAGAAUCCCAUAGAAUGAAUGAGGAAAUUAUUAAUGAAGAUUCGAUGAUACCUCUUGCAAGAUUGCCAGGCAAUGCAUCAACGCGUGCUGGUAAUAGGCAACCAUUAGCUGAAGGAUGGAUGAUACACUUCAUGCUUGAUCAGCCAGAUCGUCGUUUAAGGCAUUACUGGGUUCUCAGUGGAGAUUCGAUUAAUAUGUAUAAUGAAUAUAACGAUGGAGUUAAUCCACACCGCGUAUAUCGCUCGAUUCGACUUGGUGAAAUUCUUACUUUAGCACCAUAUAAUGGUCCUCCCAUUCACCCAAGUUAUCCUCCACAUCAUUUCGAAAUAAGAACAAAAUCACAUAUGAUUUAUUGCGUUGGUGAAAAUCUUGAAGCUUAUGGUGCACCUCCAUCAAAAGUUCCAAGAUUCGCGGAAUGUAGGCCAGUAUCGAGUGCAACAAUGUGGUUUCGAGUCCUGCAACAUUCCCUACAGCCGCCACCCUCACGUCAUGAUAGCCUGAAUAUGGAACCUGCACUUGAAUUCUCUGAGAUGUAUCAGAUAAACCGGGAUCAAACCUUAGGAUCCGGUCAAUUCGGUGUGGUUUUUGGCGGUGUACAUAGACAAAGUGGACGAGAAGUUGCAAUUAAGGUGAUCGAAAAAGAUAGAUUUUCAAAAAGAUCAGCGGCAGGUAUUGAAACUUUACGAAGCGAAGUCUCUAUAUUACAAGCUAUUAGCCACAAAGGAAUCAUUCGACUCGAAUCUAUGUUUGAAACUAAAGAAAAAAUUUUCGUAGUUAUGGAAAAAAUGAAUGGCGAUAUGCUUGAAAUGAUACUCAGCCAGGCUACUGGUCGACUUGACGAACGUACAACGAAAUUCUUAAUCAUGCAGAUUUUAUGUGCCCUGAGAUAUUUGCACGGUCAAGGCAUAGCUCACUGCGAUCUCAAACCAGAAAAUGUGCUUUUAUCCGAUUUUAGCGCUUUUCCUCAAACCAAAUUAUGUGAUUUUGGUUAUGCUCGAUUUAUUGGUGAUGCACAGUUCAGGAAAACUAUCGUUGGUACACCAGCUUAUUUGGCACCUGAAGUGUUACAAAAGAGAGGGUAUAAUCGAUCACUGGAUAUGUGGUCAGUUGGUGUGAUUAUUUAUGUCACCUUAAGUGGAACAUUUCCCUUCAAUGAAGGUGAAGAAAUCAUAGAUCAGAUUCAGAAUGCAGCAUUUAUGUUCCCAGCGGAUCCUUGGAGCACAAUUUCCAAAGAAGCUAUUGGUCUAAUUCAAAGCCUUUUAAGAGUUGAGAUCGAUAAACGCUUAACCAUCGACGAAUGCUUCGAUCAUUCUUGGUUACAAGAUGCGCAAGUUUAUAGUGAUUUAAGAAGGCUGGAAUUAAGAAUUGAUGGAGGGCGAUAUUUAACCAGUGAAAAGGACGACAAGAAAUUCGGAGUGACAAAUCCAUGA